GUCAUGAUUGUCAUGUCUUCAUGCAACGACUUUUGCCAAUUGCUCUUCGGGAGCUUCUUCCGGCAGAAGUGUGGGAGCCUUUAACAGAGUUGAGUAUAUUCUUCAGAGAGUUAACCGCCACAUCGCUGAAAAAGGCAGAUCUUCAGAGAUUAGAGCUUGAUAUCCCGAAGAUACUGUGCAAGUUGGAACGUAUAUUUCCGCCGAGUUUUUUUGAUUCGAUGGAACAUCUCCCCGUACACCUUCCAUACGAAGCUAUGAUGGCAGGACCUGUUCAGUAUCGUUGGAUGUAUCCGUUUGAAAGAUACCUGAGAAAACUCAAAAAUAAGGUUUCGAAUAAAGGCAGAGUGGAAGGAAGCAUUAGCAGCGGAUAUCUACUGGAGGAAACAGCAAAAUUUGCAUCUUUUUAUUUCAAGGAUGGUGAUCCGAUGGUACCAUGUCGGAUGCAAAGAAAUGAAGUUUGCGAAAUGGACGUUGAUGAUGAUUUCGACAGAUUAAAUAUUUUCAAACCAAAAGGGCGACCUGUAGGUGCUUGUCGGAACAGAUAUCUGGAUGAUGCUGAAUAUGUUGCUGCCCGAAGCUACAUCCUUUUGAAUUGCCCUGAAAUCGAACCUUACAGAGAGUAAGUCU